AUGACGGCCAUUACCAAUUCUUGCCAGUUCCAUGGUCGUGACGACGAGGAUGCCCCAGCCCACAUAAAUCGUAUCACUCGCCUUUGUGGCACCUACUCCAUAGAGGGUGUCAAUCCAGAUGCUAGGUACUUACAGGUCUUCCCCUUUUCUCUCGCUGGACGCGCAGCCGUCUGGUUUGAUUCUCAGCCCGCAGGCACUUUCACUACUUGGGCAGGUCUUCGUGAUGCUUUCAUAGCCAAGUAUUUUCCCCCAGCCAAGGCGUCUCGCCUUCGUGACCAGAUUCACUCAUUUCGUAUGGAGUCGGAUGAGCCGUACCACUUGGCGUGGGAGCGUUUUCAGACGCUUCUUUCCCGUUGUUCGCAGCAUGGUUUGUCUGAUUGGGCAUUAGUUGAAAAAUUCUACAACGGUCUUACUCCUGAGAUUAGAGCUCGUUUCGAUACUUCAGCAGGAGGGCAACUUAUGGGCAAGAAGACAGUAGCUGAGUGUAACGAUUUGUUUCAAAGUUUUGCCCAUUCUGACAUGGAUUACAGCACUACCAGCAGGACUUCCAUUCCUGUUCAUACCUCCUCGGCCGGUCGAGGGGUAAACCAAGUUAGCUUGGAUCCAUCGGUAGCUGCUGCUAUGAUCGAGAGAGUUAGAGAGGAGUUGAGGCAAGAGAUGAGGCGAGAGCUGAGUGAGAUUAAGAAGAGAGUUGAUAGGUGUGAGCUUUGUAGGGGAGGUCAUGACACGCUCGAGUGUCCCACACUUACGUUAGAGCAGGUAGAGUACAUAACAGGUCAGUCUAGGGGUCAGUUUAGUAGUAGUAAUAAUGGUUUUAACCCCAAUUGGCAGGGUAGUGGUAAUAGUUUUCACCCUUCUAGCAAUCCCCAUGGUUUCCCAUCUGGUCAGUAUCAAUAUAGGGGGCCAGGUCUUUACACGAGUAGUGGUUCGGGUCAGGGUGGUCAUUAUAGUGGUUCAGGAGGUCAGUUUGCGAGUGGAGGGUCUAAUCAGGAGAGUCAAGGUAGUGGAAAAGGUUCAGAGGGUAAUUUGAGUAGGUUAGAGGAGAUGUUCGCCCAGGUGAUGGCACAGAAUCAGGCGUUCAUGAAAAAUCAGGAUCAAAUUAAUAAGAAUCACGAACUUCAGCUUAAAAAUCAGGAGGCUACUCUUUUAGAUCUUAAGAGAACAGUAGGGGAUAUAGCUAGGAAGUUGAAAGAAUCUCCUUCUGGUCAGUAUUCAGGUACUACUCACCCAGUUAACCAUUCUGUGAAAGCAAUUACUACUCGUAGUGGGACGAGUCUAGGAGAGGUAGUGAGAGAGAAUGUUGAGUUAGAAAGUGAUACUGAGGUAGAUGAGGAGAUUGAGAUGGAGGCUCCAGGCAAGGUGCAACAUAGGCUAGACCCAGCAAGUACCGCACAUGCCGCGAAGUCGCCAGUAGAGAAGAAAGUGGAGAAACAUCCGACGAAGGUUCGGCUACCGCCAGUGAUUGAUAUUUCUCGCCUGCCAUUUCCCGCUCGUGCUAGGCAGCAGUUAUAUUCUAGGGAAUAUGAGAAAUUUCUUGAGAUGUUCACCCAGCUGAAGGUGAAUCUUCCGUUCAUAGAUGCCCUGAGAUCCAUGCCUAAAUAUGUCAAGUUCCUUAAGGAUUUUCUCAAGCGUAAGGAUAGGGUAGGGGAGUGUUCUAGUACUCCAUUGAAUGGAGAGUGUUCUACAGUGAUCCUGAAUAAACUUCCUGAGAAACUUACUGAUCCGGGCAUAUUUACGAUCCCGUGUUUGUUUGGUGGUGAUGUUAAAAACCACGCAUUGGCAGACCUUGGUGCUAGUAUUAAUUUGAUGCCAUAUUCAUUUUACGAAAAACUAGGCCUUGGUGUUUUGAAGCCAACUCGUAUGACCCUCUCAUUAGCCGAUAAGACAGUUAAGUAUCCUAGGGGGAUUAUAGAGAAUUUGUUAGUAAAAGUGGAUAAGUUUGUCUUUCCAGCGGAUUUUGUAGUGCUAGAUAUGGAGGCUGAUGAAAAAGUGCCGUUGAUUUUAGGGCGCCCGUUCUUGAACACCGCUAAAGCGCUUAUAGAUGUCUUCUUGGCACAAUUACACUUAGAGCGGGCGACGAGUCGGUAG